AUGGAAAUUGGUGUUGUCAAAAGAUACAGAGCAUUUCACCUUGCAUGUAAGCAGAAGUUGCUGGUCUUAAUCUUUUCAGCUGAGGCUGCCCUUCACCUUCCUGAACUGGAGAUAUUAGACCUUUCCUGGAAUAAGUGCAUUGGUGGGAACUUAAAGCUGCUUUUGGGAGCACUAAAGCUUGCAAUGGAGAUUCAAGUGUUAAGACUGAGCAGCUGUAACUUGGUGGAUGAAGAUUUGGCACUUCUAACAUUGCUGACGCAGGAUGGUCACCUAGCCAGAUUACAGAAGCUGGAUUUGAGUUAUAAUAACAAUGUAUCUGAGGAAGGAUGGGUCAUGUUCUGUCAAGGCUUAACAGUAUUCAAAGAACUCUCAGAGCUGGACGUCAGUCUUCGCCCAUCGUCCUGCCGUGACUGUGGGAUGUGGUUCAGUGAGUUGUCAGCAGCAUUGACAAAGCAACCUGCCUUGGCAGAACUGGGGAUGCAAAGAUGGGUCCUUUCAGAAUUACAACGGGAACAACUGGAAAGCUUUAACCAAGACAACAAAAGAAACAUUCGUUUUGACUGUUGAUGGAGGUUGAAGGUUUCUGGAAGGCCUUUCACAAGCAGCACAUGAACCAAGUAUUAUGUGUCUCUGACUUAGAAGACAGUCCAGGUUUUAGCGAUCUCGUCUCAUAAGAACUCCUGAAAUAGUUCCACAAUUAUAAAAAACUUAUUUAACCUUCUGCAUGCGCAGAUUA